GCGCUGACCGCUCAGCCGCGGCCAUGGACGCGCUGCUCUCCCAGUUGCCGGCCGCGGCCUGCCUUCUCCUCGUCGUGGUCAUCUACCUGUUCUACCGCAAGCGCUACUCCUUCUGGCGGGAGCGCGGCGUGCCGGGCGUCAAGCCCCGCUUCCCCUUCGGCAACUUCGCCGCGGUCGCGCUGAGCCGCGCCAACCUCCUGCAGGUCAUCUACAACCUGGCGGCCGCCCACCGCAGGGUCGGCUACUGCGGCGCCUUCAUCUGGCACACGCCCGUGCUCCUCGUGUGGGAGCCCGAGAUGAUCAAGCAGGUCCUGAGCACGGACUUCGGCAGCUUCCACGACCGCGGGCGGCGCGUCGACGAGGCGGACCCGCUGAGCCAGACGCUGUUCAACAUGAGCGGGCAGAGGUGGAAGAACCUCAGGAGCAGGCUCACGCCCGCCUUCUCGUCGGGCAGGGUCAGGAACAUGCUCCCGCUGAUGCUCGACAUCGGCCGGGAGCUCGUCCGCCAGACGGCCCUGGAGGCCAGGAGGAGCCCGCAGCACACCCGCGAGGUGGACAUGGGCCUGCUGCUGUCGCACUUCGCCACGGACGUGAUCGGCUCGGUGGCGUUUGGCAUCCAGUGCAACACGCUCUGCAGCCAGGAAAACAACGCGUUCCUCGCCAUGUCCAAGAGACCCUUCAAGCAGUCGCCCCUCAGACUGCUCCGCCAGGGGCUCAACGCCAUCCACCCGAAGCUGGGCGCGCUCUUGCCCAUCAAGACGGUCUUCUCGGACGUGCACAACUUCUUCAUCAACCUGAUGAGGGACACGGUGGAGCAGCGCGAGCGGCACAAGGUGGUGCGCAACGACUUCGUGCAGCUCAUGCUGCAGGCGCGCUCGGCCGAGCUGGCCGACGCCGCCGACGCGGACCCGGAGCACCACGUCGAGCUCACGCCCGAGGUGAUGGCGGCGCAGGGCUUCAACUUCUUCAUCGCGGGCCUCGACACCUUCGCGAACACGGUCGGCUUCACCCUCAACAGGCUGGCCGGCGACGAGGAGCUGCAGGAGCGGGUGGCGGCCGAGGUGCAGGAGGUGGCCGCCACGCACGGCGGCGAGCUGUCGUACGACGCGCUGCAAGACAUGGACCUGGUGAGGCGCGUGGUGCUGGAGGGCCUCCGCCUCUGGUCGCCGCAGGCCGUGUUCCUGCGCACCUGCACCGCCACCACGCGCGUGGGCGAGCUGACCGUCGAGAAGGGCCGGGGCGUCCUGGUCGUGGGCAGCGUCAACAACAUGGACGAGGACAUCUUCCCGGAGCCCGCGCGCUUCGACCCGGACCGGCACACGGCCGCGAACAGGAACAACAGACACCCCUACGCCUUCCUGCCCUUCGGCGAGGGCCCGCGCGCCUGCAUCGCGGAACGCUUUGCCCUCCUGGAGAUGCAGCUGGCGCUGGCGGCCCUCCUCCGGGACCUGCGCUUCUCGCCCGGCCCAAACUACGAGAGGGAGGUCCAGCUCGACACGAGGAGUAUAUUCCACUCUCCAAAGAACGGCUUCCUCCUCAAAGUCGACCCGCGGAAUUAGACAUUAGACUAUGCGCGACGCUGUUCGGGUUUAUCUAGGAACUAAAGUUGUUGAUUCACGCUGUCAACGCGGAAUAAAUUUGUAAGAGUUGACGUAAGUAAAUCUGUAGUUUGCUCUUAAGCUGCAUCCAAUCGUGCUCCAUCACUCUU